UUUUGCUCUGCCCGCCUUUACUUUGUCACACACCCCCUCUCCUCCCUUUAGCUCACCUCUAGCACUCUCUUUCAGCACUCUUACCUUCUCUCACUCGCUCCCUUUCCAUUCUCAGGAUCCCUGCUGCUGUCAGAGUACCUUCUUGCUUCCAGACGCUUCAAGACAGCAGGAGGCAAGCAAGAGAGAGAGAGAGGCACUAAACUGACAAACAGCUGGGUCAUCAUGCAUGUUAUAAGAAUUCAAUUAGUGGUGUGUAUGCAAAUUUUUGCUAUCUUUAUAGUAGGUACAGAAAGCCAGUGUCCUAGUCCAUGUCACUGUCACGGUGACCUACAGCAUGUUAUCUGUGACAAUGUUGGGUUGAAGAAGAUCCCUCGCAUCACUGAGGCUACUCGCCUUGUCAACCUGCAGCGCAACAACCUGGGUAUGCUCCCAACCGGGGGCUUCAGCGAAAUGAAGGGUCUCGUCUCCCUGCACCUGCAGCACUGCCAGAUCCGUGAGAUUGCCACUCAGGCCUUCAAGGGUCUCAAAAAGCUCAUUUAUCUUUACCUUUCUAACAACGAAAUCAGCACCAUCAAAUCUGGAGCCUUUGAGGACCUAACUGAGCUCACCUACCUUUACAUGGAUGGGAAUCAAAUCUCAAGUCUUUCAAAAGGCAUCUUCUCCCCCAUGAUCAACUUAUUUAUCCUACAGCUUGAUAACAAUAAGAUCCGAGACCUGCAAGCAGGUACCUUUGCAGGUGCUAAGGACCUUCGGUGGCUGCAUAUCAGUAACAAUGAGCUAAGGUCAAUGCAGCCUGGCUCUCUUGAUGAAGUGGAGAACCUGGCCACUCUCACUCUGGACCAAAACAAGCUGUCUACGUAUCCCAGCGAGGCCAUGAGCAAGCUACGCGUUGUUGAGGAGCUUAAUUUGUCCAAGAACCCACUCACCUUCAUUCCUGACUAUGCAUUCAGGAGCUUUGGACGCUAUAUCGAGAAACUGCAUCUUAAUGGUAUGGGCCUGGAGAAGUUUUCCAAUGCAGCUUUUGAGGGUGUGACAGCUCUAAGGUAUUUGCAUCUUGAAAACAACAAGCUGAAGAGCCUACCAAGCAACCUGGUUUUCACCAACAUGCAGAAUCUCACUCUGUUCAACAACCCAUGGAGCUGCACUUGCAAUUUAGCCAACCUUAGAAAAUGGAUGGACUCCAGUCGUCAUCGUCCUGAUGCAAUUUGUGCAUCACCCCCAAGUCAGAAAGGGAAGCAAGUCCGAGACAGCACUUCCUUUAGCAAGUGCAAAAUGAAGAAAGACAAGAAGGGAGCACGUCACUGAAAAGGAGACUCAGAGGAGACGUCUGUACAGGGGACCGGCACCAUGUCCAGACAACAGACGCAAUGCUACUUUCUACUUCAGGACUGUUCAUUUUAUUUCUACUCUAAACAUUCUGCGGAUUUUAAAUGUAGCUUCCGGAUUAGCAUUUUCAUUUAAGAAAAAAAAAUUGUGGUAACAUUUAUAGUGUCAAAAUAAUCUUUCCUCAUGAGACCCCAUGAGACCCUUCAUAUGAGAACAUCACAUUUUCUCUCUACUACAUUGUGUGUAUAUCCUUGUAAGAUCCUCAUAGGAGGACCAUUGAGUAUUACACUUUUGGUGAACUUCUUCCUGUUUGAAGACAUUGAUCAAAGUUCAAUAGUUAUCAGAUGCUAAUAACAGAACCAGUGAGGAGAAAUUACAAGGUACACAACAUUACAGUUUGGGUCUGAGAAGGCUACACUCUUCCUAGUAACACAGAGUAACAAGUGUGAAAGCCAUCAAAACGGUUUGCUCUGGUUCAAACUAUCUACACAGUGUCAACAGAAAACUGCAUGAAGUACUUACUGAAGUACUUUGCUUUUCACAAUAUGUAAUCUUUAUAACCCCUUAAAUCUGGGAUUAGUAUAAAAGUUUCAAGCAUAAAUGCGUGGCACUGAAUAAAUGACCCAUAACACUACACAAAGAUGUGCAGUACAAAGUCCAAAGUACACUAUGGAAAGUAAUCAAGUCAUGGAUAACAAACAUAAGCACUUAAGUCUUUUCUCCAUAAUUUCUUAAACUGUACCAUGUGCUGCUGCUUUAUGGUGCGUUUCCAUUCCAAUAAAAAAAAAAAAGUGCAUGCUUACGCUACCAACAGGAAGCUGAAAUGUAGACAGAAUAUUUGGAAAAUUUUAAAUGGGAUUUUUUGCCACAGCUGCAUGGCACACUAUUAUGUACAAUUACAGAUUAUUCAAUUUUUUAACAUUUAAACUUUGUGUAAUACAUGAUUAUCACUUUUUGAAUAAACAACCAAUAUCUAAAAAAAA